CUAUUUAUAUGUAGUAAUAAAUACUCCUAUAUGGAUUUCAGUUUCUCUCCCUGGAAGUGAAAAGAAAUAUCCCCCUCCUCCUCCAUGGCUGGUGGUGGUAUUUACAGUUCCGCUAGACCAUCUGCUUCUACAUCUACAUCUCUUUCAUCAACACAACAAAGCUUUAUUACUCGGUUAUUGUUACUACUUACACUGCUUCCAUUAACCCUAGCAGCUUUUGCAUUUGUUCUUCAAUGGAGAGGUGGUUUAAUUAACGAUCCAACUACACGUUGGUCUCCUGAUAAAUAUCAAUUCCCUGGCGGAAUGGGAACUUCAAAUCCUCCAUUACAUAAUGUUCAAUCUUCUUCUUCUUCAGAUUGUUUUCAACUUCUUAGUCGAAGUGCUUCGCCUUCAUUUCCAUAUUAUCGUGAUUGGAAACUGAAUUUUGAUCCAAAUCUUAAACCAAAAAUAUGUAUCACGACAAGUACCUCAGCAGACCUAGAGCAGAUUCUGCCAUGGAUCUUUUAUCAUAAAGUUAUUGGGGUUACAACGUUCUUUCUGUUUGUGGAGGGAAAAGCUGCAUCUCCUAAUGUUACCGCUGUCUUGGAAUCCAUUCCUGGAUUGAAAUUAAUAUACAGAACAAGAGAGCUGGAGGAGAAACAAGCCAGAAGUCGGAUUUGGAAUGAGACGUGGCUGUCAAGCUUCUUCUACAAGCCGUGUAAUUAUGAGCUAUUUGUGAAGCAGUCCCUCAAUAUGGAAAUGGCUAUUGUCAUGGCUAGGGAUGCUGACGUGGAUUGGAUCAUACAUCUCGACACUGAUGAGUUAUUACAUCCAGCAGGUGCCGGGGAGUAUUCUCUGAGGCAAUUGCUCUCUGAUGUACCUAGGAAUGUGGAUAUGGUUAUAUUUCCAAAUUAUGAAAGUAGCGUUGAACGAGAUGACUUAAAGGAACCAUUCACUGAGGUGUCCAUGUUCAAGAAAAAUUAUGACCAUCUUCCGAAAGAUACAUAUUUUGGCAUGUAUAAAGAAGCAAUACGUAGCAACCCAAAUUACUUUUUAACUUAUGGAAAUGGGAAAUCGGCUGCUCGGAUUCAGGAUCAUCUCCGUCCUAAUGGUGCACAUAGAUGGCACAACUACAUGAAGACUCCAAAUGAAAUCAAGUUGGAGGAGGCAGCUGUUUUGCAUUACACAUACCCUAAAUUUUCUGAUUUGGUUGCUAGACGUGAUCGUUGUAGCUGCAAGCCUACAACUGAGGAUGUCAAAAGAUGCUUCAUGUUGGAAUUCGACAGAUUAGCUUUUAUAAUUGCUUCGACUGGUACAACGGAAGAAACGCGAAACUGGUAUCGCGAGCACGUUGUGUGGACAGAUAAAUCACAAAACCUAAAACUUCUCAGGAAAGGCGUAUUGACCCGAAUAUAUACUCCAAUGUCCAUCGUGAAAGGGUUGAGAGAAGCUGGUGUGUUCAGAACAGUGAUCCAAUCUGCAAUUUUAUUGAAGAGCAGCAAUUCUUCUAGAGGCGCCACUGGAUCAGGAGAAAUUUCUAUAAGAAAGAUGGGUGGCAGGAAAGAAGAGUCCAAGGCAACUGCAAGAAAGGUUUUGGAGAUGGAACAUGGUGGUUAUCAUGCUGCAGCAGUUGGACCACAGUCUCCACCUGGAAUGGUAGAUAUUCACUUAGAGUGAAUUGUGAUAUACCUUCUUUUCUAACGACCCUGGUGUUUCCACGGACCUAAAUGAACACAAAAGGGGUGCACACGUGUUAAAAGUAGGUACUAGGUAGUAUUCCCGAUCGAUAUCCAAGCGUUAGUGUACAUUCAAGGUUUUUAAUUUGAUAGUAUUAUGCAAAGAGGCUUUUCCAUUAUGUUCUCUCCUGCCGCAUGAGACUGAAGUGAAUACCCCGGAAAGAUUGAAAGCUUAUGUAUAGACUGCAGCUUUUGUAUUCCUUAUUUUGCUAAUAGUUCUGUACACUUCUCAUUUGGAAUAUAAUGGCAGAUUCAAGUUCCCUUUCAAAACUUUCAUUAUAUGCAGAUAACUUUCAUU